UGUCUACUUUAUUGACCGAUACUCCAUUCAUGUGUUGUGUUAAGCCUCCGUCUGUUUCUGACAAUAGAUGUUUGAGAGAUCAUAAAAAGUUGGCGGAUUGUUGGUUUGGAGAUUUGUCUUGCAAAUCAGAAGGAGAUGCGAUAUCUUCAUGUUAUACAUUGAUAGGUUCAGUUGCACUAAGAACAUGUCUCUGGGUAAUUGGAGUUUGUGCUUUAAUUGGGAAUUUUGCUGUCAUGUUCUACCGACUAUUCAUUGACACAGAUAAUCUUACAAUGAGUUAUUCGUUCUUUGUACUGAAUUUGAGUUUAUCAGAUUGUCUAAUGGGCGUCUACAUGAUUGUGAUAGGCAUUGUAGACAUCUAUUAUAACGGUGUCUACGCAUGGAACAACCAAACAUGGAGAAGAAGUACUCUAUGUACCACAGCUGGAGUUCUAUCCAGUAUAUCCAGUGAGAUGUCCACGUUUCUUAUUCUACUGGUGACGAUAGAUCGAGUCAUUGUCAUUAUGUUCCCAAUGUCCCGUCUUUCCAAACAGAACAUCUCGUGGAAACAGGCGUCCGUGGUCUCAGUGUGUCUGUGGAUUAUUUCUACCACACUUGCAGUCAUCCCAGUUAUUUCCAUGCAGUCCUACUUCAAGGGGGAAUACUACUCUCAGUCAGGGGUAUGUCUCGCCUUACCAUUGACUGACAUUGAACAACCAGGUGCUGAAUAUUCGUUUGCAGUGUUUGUUUGUCUCAACUGUCUCGUCUUUUUAGCUAUAGCCAUAGGGCAAAUCUGCAUGUUUAAAAGUUUGAUUUCAAGCCCAGGGCGUCAUAUGGCCUCGUCACAGUCUCGUCAACGGGAUAUAUCUGUAGCAAGAACUCUCUUUAUGGUGGUGGCGACCGACUUUUGCUGUUGGUUUCCGAUCGGCGUAAUGGGUAUGUGAAUUUUGUAGAUAUUUAUUUUCUGUUGUUUGACCUAUUAUAUAUAAAUCGAUGCUCUUGGCGACAGUUCGAAGAAAAAAUGUAUAUUCAAUGUGUGUAUACACCCCUGAACCACGUAACAUUAAAUAUAUUGUAUAACGGU